AUGAUGAAAGCUCUAAGAAAUGAUGAAGCUCCAAGAAAUGACAAAGCAUCAACAAAUAAUAAAACUUCAAAAAAUGAUGAAGCUUCAAGAAAUAAUGAAGCACUAACAAUUGACAAAGCAUUAACAAAUAUCAAAAAUGCCAACAUGACAAUAACAACAAAUAAUAAGAAAGUCAAUACUAUAAAAAAAAAGAAUUAG